AACUAACUGCUCUCUACGAUACCACGUUCUUCGGAGAGAGAGAGGAGAGAGAGGCGAAGAUGAUCGAGGUGGUGCUGAACGAUCGGCUGGGGAAGAAGGUGCGAGUGAAGUGCAACGAGGACGACACGAUCGGCGACCUGAAGAAGCUGGUGGCGGCGCAGACGGGCACCCGCGCCGACAAGAUCCGCAUCCAGAAGUGGUACACCGUCUAUAAGGAUCACAUCACCCUUAAGGACUACGAGAUCCAUGACGGCAUGGGCCUCGAGCUCUACUACAACUGAAUCGAAAGGUUGGUUGAUUGGCUGAUCCACACAUCAAUAGCUGAAUACAGUACGACUUGGUGAAAUCACAAUGUUUUCGGGUCGGUAACAUCCAUGAUAAUUGGCAGUUGUACAUUAUGGUGACUCUGGUGUGUUAAUGAUCAGCUUGGACA